AUGCCUCCCAAACUGCCCCUCCCCAGCAGGCCAUUCCGCAUCCUCGCUCUGCCCCUCGCCCGGCUCCCCAGACAGCCCCACCCGCCGCCCUCCACCACCACGCCCCACCCAGCCUUGGAGUCCCUCCCCGCUACGCCCGGCGAACAGCCCCCUUCCCCCCUCGUGCUCUUCCACACCAUCCAACCCGACCCCCCUGCCGACUCUACCCCUUCGUUAGUCAACAAGGCGCUCUCAAAGAGCUCCGAGACAUGGCUCAAACUCGGGGCCAAGCCGAAGGAUAGCUGGAUGUUCUGGUUCUACGAGAAGGGAGAAAAGUUGAUGGACAGGAUAGAGUUUGAGGAGUGGGCUUUGAAAGCUAUCAGGGAAGGGGAGGGUAUCAAGGUGGAGAAAGAUGGGAGCAUCAAGCCGGAAGAGAGAAAAGUGGUCGAGCUGCUGUAUCCCAAGCUGGAGACACCCCUGCCUCCCUUGAUACCCAAGCUCCACAGACAUCUGUUGAAGCGGAUACCGUACCACAAAAAACAUAUGACCCGCGCCCUCGUUUUAUCUCCUCUCACCUGGCCUUUCGCCAUCAUCCCAGUCAUCCCCAACUUUCCCCUCUUCUACGUCCUCUGGCGGGCUUGGUCUCACUACAAGGCCUGGCAAGGGGCGACUUACCUCGAAAACCUCGUCAAGGCGGGUUUGGUGGUGGAGAAGGAGAGUGCCCAGUUGACUGGUGUAUACUCUGGCGAAGGGCGGCGUAUUGAAGGGGGAGAAGCCGUGUCUGCCGGAGAAAAGGGCGGAGCUGUUGAUGUCACCAGCACGCCUGAAGAGAUGAUUUCUACAUCCUCUACCACAGAAGCCGAGCCCGAGGAGACGAUUGCCCAUGGCAAUCUCGGUCAACCCCUGCCCCCUCCCGCCCCCGGACCUCUUUCAUCCCCCGCUUCCCACCCGUCGCUUUUGAUUCUGCCUUCGCAGAUUCAGCACUUGACGGAAGCGUUCGACCUUCGAGCGAAUGAGGUGGUUGAUGUGACGAGAGCGGUGGAGCAGGCUGAUCACAGAGCCAGGGCUGGGGAUGCAGAGAGGGAAAAGGUGGAGAAGAAGGAUUAG